CCGGUUUCCUCCGUAGGGCGGGUUUAACUGCCCGGAAACGGAAGUGUGGUUCCUUUCCGCCUCGCUCCCUUCUGCCUGCUGUGCCGGUGCGCGGCCUGGUCGCCAUGCCCCGGAAAAUCGAGGAGAUCAAGGACUUCCUGCUCACGGCCCGGCGGAAGGAUGCCAAGUCCGUCAAGAUCAAGAAGAACAAGGACAACGUGAAGUUCAAGGUGCGCUGCAGCCGGUACCUCUACACGCUGGUCAUCACGGACAAGGAGAAGGCCGAGAAGUUGAAGCAGUCCCUGCCCCCAGGCCUGGCCGUGAAGGAGCUGAAAUGAACCGGAGAAGCCGCUGGAACUGUAUUAAAGUGUUGAAGUGCU